AUGGGAACUGAAGCCUUCCAUGUGCGAGACAUUUCUGUGAUUGUUGGGGCCCUCGCUCGCGUGAACUGCGUGGAUGCGAACACCAUGAGCCGAUUUGCGGAUGGUUGCGUGCAAACCCUUCCUCAGGCGACACCCUUGGAGCUAGCACGGCUCAUGCAUGCCUGCAUGAGCGUCUCCUGUCAUACACCGGAUCUCUUCACGGCCUGCGUGCUGCAGAACCGUGAGCAGGCAGCCAGCAUGGAUCCGAGCGGCCUUUCUGCUGCGGCGUAUGCCUUCGGCCAGUGCUUCGAGGUUGCGGAUGUGUCGCACGUCCGCUACUUGCAGAAGAUCUUCAGACACCUGCGCAUGGCUGCAGUUGCCAGCUUACCGAUGUUCUUACCUCGCGAGAUCGUGAGCCUACUCAAAACCUAUGCUCGGUGGCAGAUUACCUUUGAAUGUGGCCACUUGCGCAAGGUUGCAGAGCGGAUGAUCGCAACAAGCGGUCAGUUCGACCUUGACAGCGCUGUCACAGGUCUUCACAAUUUGGCGCUGCUGAUGCAGCGGAACGCCAUGCGCUCGGAGCGCUCCGCUGCGCUUGGGGCGGCCCGGGAGGUUGUUGCCGAAGCAGGAAGGAAUCUGCUCGUGCCUGUGGGGGGCCCGGUGACAUGUUCAUACGCUGCAGGCGAGGACGGACUUGUUUGA